AUGACGGCCAAAAACGCAUUCCAAGCCUACACCAAAGGCAGCGGCGAAAUGGAUGGCCGCACAUUUGUCAAAAUACUGAAGGAUACCAAGGUUCUUGACGGGAAGCAGGUGACGUCUGUGGAUGCGGAUCUGAUCUUCGCAAAAAUCAAGCCGAGGGGGACGACCAAAAUCAACUACAGUCAGUUUGAGGAAGCGUUGAAACUCGUAGCGGAGAAAAAGAAGGUCUCCCUGGACAAAGUCUUGAGCACAAUCUCCGAAGAAGGCCAAGACGGCCCCAUUCUUCAGGGCACAAAAGCCGACAACGUGCGCUUCCACGACGACAAGAGCACAUACACCGGGGUUCACAAGAGCGGCGGCCCCACGACUCUUGAUGAAGGCCGCGUGCAGUUCAACGACUUGUCGAACUUCUGCGACCGCUCUGCCUACGACAUUCGGGGCGUGAAGAAGGGCAUCAUCGAGCAGAAGACCGGAGAGAGCAAGUAA